UUAGCCAGAUGACAGAUGAGUGAGCUCUCUGUUUUCAGGAACUACUCAUUUGGCAUUCUGAUAUUUCUUUCUUUCACCUGAUAUUUUAAACCCAGUGGUUGGUUCUUUGUACAAAUGGUCAGGUAACAUUCUUUGAUAGACUGGCCUAGGCCUUUGGGCUCGGGUCACUCUCAAUUUGAGGCCAUGCAUAGCAAAAGACGCUACAAUUACAGAUCUCGUCGAGACAGAACCGAAGUCAGCUGCUGCAUCAAAUAUCUUAUGUUCGGAUUCAAUGUUUUGUUCUGGGUGGUAGGCUUGAUGCUGUUGACUAUUGGUAUGUGGGCAUGGGCCGAAAAGGAUGUGUUCGCCAAUGUCACUCAACUGACCAACAUCACUUUGGACCCUGCGCUAAUAUUUAUAGUUGUAGGCAUGUCCAUGUUUAGUAUGAGCUUUACUGGAUGCAUCGGUGCCUUAAGGGAGAACACCUGUCUCCUCCUAUUUUUCAUGAUAUCACUGGGCAUCAUCUUCCUCAUGGAGCUGCUUAUAGGUAUCCUGGGAUUUGUGUACAAGGACUGGGUCCGAGAUCAGAUCCAGUCUCAAGUGAAGAACAUGAUCAUCAAAUACCGUGAUGACUUGGAUCUAAAGAACCUAGUGGACUGGGUGCAGCAGGACUGGCUAAGCUGUUGCGGAGUACAAAGUUACAAAGACUGGGAGCUCAACAUUUACUUCAAUUGCUCAUCUCCUGGAGUGGAAGCUUGUGGUGUGCCCUUUUCAUGUUGCAAGCCAAACUCUGCUCAAGAGCUCAUAAAUCGUCAUUGUGGAUUUGACAUGAUGAAAGUGGAACAUGAUUUUGAUAGAGGCACCAAGAUCUACACGGUGGGUUGCAUCUUGUCUGGAGAGAAGUGGCUCGAGAUCAACCUGAUACCAGUGGCCGGGGUUGCUGUGGGCGUGGCCCUGCUGCAGAUCCUCGGCAUUUGUUUUGCUCAGAACCUCCGCAGCGACAUUCACGCACAGCGGGCCAAGUGGUCACUGUGACUAGGCGUGGAGCUGUAGGGACAAGUUUGUGUGCACGUUUGUGUAUGUGUGUGUUUGUCUUUUUGUUUGUUUGUAUGAAGGACUUUUAGAAAGAGAUAUGAACAAAGAGGGAGCCAGCUAAAGAUCAAAUCGCUAUCAGCAUAUUACUAUUAUUAUUUCUGUUUUAAUCUUAUUUGAGAAAAAACGAAUUUGUCUAAGUAUUUAGUGUUGGUUGAACCCCUUAUUGAAUGAGUGGUUGAUGUUGGAAGUACUUUUUUGUGCAUGAAUUAUGUUUGUAUUUUUGGGGUAUUUUAAUUGUAUGCAUACAUUUUACUGGUGCCAUACUAUUAUUCUGGUAUGAGUUUUGAAAAAAAGGAAAAGAUAUUUCUGUUUCAUUUCAUAGAACAUCUUUACCAUGCAAGGCAAAGGAUUUCUUCACUGAUUUAUGCCAAAGUUCUUCACCUUCUGACCAUCAUCACAGCAUGUCUUUAACCCUGUUAUCUACUUCACUGAGCCCUGGUCAGGACGGAAUUCCGGUGGUCACCCCAUAUUGGUCAUUUUCAUACUUUAAAAGAAAA